UACCCAGAACCCUUUGCGAAGGUGCAACGUAGCCGGCUACGUUGGCGUCUGCGCUGUGGGAGGAAAAAAAAGCGAAGCCGGCUGAGAGGCUGACGGAGACUCUGCUGCGCUCGCCGGUUCCGGAGCCGCCGCCCCGCUGCCAGGACCAUGGCAAGUCCAAGAACAAGGAAGGUCCUUAAAGAUGUGCGAGUGCAAGAAGAGAACAAUGUUUGUUUUGAGUGUGGCGCAUUUAACCCUCAAUGGGUGAGCGUUACCUAUGGAAUUUGGAUCUGUCUGGAAUGCUCAGGAAAACACCGAGGCUUGGGCGUUCAUCUCAGUUUUGUGCGCUCUGUCACAAUGGAUAAAUGGAAAGACAUCGAACUGGAGAAAAUGAAGGCUGGUGGGAAUCGAAAAUUCCGGGAGUUUUUAGAAUCUCAAGAGGAUUAUGAUCCUUGCUGGUCAAUGCAGGAGAAGUACAAUAGCAAAGCUGCGGCACUCUUCAGAGAUAAGGUGGCUGCAUUGGCUGAAGGUAAAGAAUGGUCAGCUGAAACAUCUUCUGCCAGAAAUUGGACUCCGCCUCAACCCAAAGUUGCUUUGUCCUCAGUUCACCGAAGUUCUGCUGGACAACCCCAGAAUGCUGGUGCCUCUUCUGACAAAGCUUUUGAAGACUGGUUGAAUGAUGAUGUUGGCUCUUAUCAAGGUGGUCAAGAAAAUCGUUACGUGGGGUUUGGGAACACAGUUACGCCUCCGAAAAAGGAAGAUGACUUUCUCAAUAACGCCAUGUCCUCAUUGUAUUCAGGAUGGAGCAGUUUUACGUCUGGAGCCAGCAAGUUUGCUUCGGCAGCUAAAGAGGGUGCUACCAAAUUUGGAUCUCAAGCAAGUCAGAAGGCUUCAGAGUUAGGUCAGAGUUUAAGUGAAAAUGUUCUCAAACCUGCACAGGAAAAGGUGAAGGAAGGGAAAAUCAUGGAUGAAGUCACCCAGGGAGUCUCACAUUUGGCUUCCAAGGUCCAGGGAGCAAGUACAAAGGGUUGGCGAGAUGUUACCACUUUUUUUUCUGGAAAAGCUGACGAGCCUGCUGAAAGGCCACCCGAGGGAGAGAGCUACCAGAACAGCAGCGGCGAAGGCUACCAGAACAACACUGUAGAUCAAAGCUUUUGGGAGACCUUUGGAAACUCGGACCCACCAAAGACCCAUAAGUCCCCAAGCAGUGACAGCUGGACUUACGUGGACAAUUCUACUGAGAAGAAGAGUUCCGAUAGCUGGGAUGUCUGGGGAUCUGGGACAGUCUCCAAUAACAAGAACAGUAACAGUGACAGCUGGGAAAACUGGGAGACCAGUUGGGAGAACGCAGGAGGGGAGGGCAAAGCCAAAAAAACCCCUAAGAAGGCCACUAAAGAAUCUUCUUCGGCAGCUGAUGAAGGGUGGGACAACCAGCACUGGUAGGACUUUGUCCCCAUCUGGCAUGGCUUUGGAAAGAAGCCGUACGUCUGAUGGAAAGGUUCCCCACCUAGCAGGAUUAACAUCCUUGUCGUUUUGGGCCUGUUAAACCUCAUGCUUAACUGUUCCAUUCUCUUUCCACUCCUGUUUACAGCAAAAGAGAGAACUGUGUUUGUUUGCAGAUUCUUGUAAUUAUCAUAUGACGAUUCAUCUCUCCCAUGGAAACGACCGUAUGCCAUUAGAUAUACUCUCACCGUGCUGCUGUUGUUUACGGGACAUGCCAACUUGCCUAAAGCAAGCAUCUGAAGGAAGCAGGUUUCACGCCAGCAUGCUUUCGUAGCACAAUACUGCAUGCGUAGUCUUACAAGAUCACCCAGCUUCUCUUUGAACUUCUGGAGAACUUCUGGAUGGAAUAGUAUUACAGUAUCUUCAAUGGGUUUCAAGUUAGUGAACUGUGAGCAGAGCUGCCGGGAUAACUCUGAAUUCAGCCAAAAUGGUAAUUGAGACACUAUUGAAACAGCGGUUGGAUUGAUCAAGAUUUGAAAUCAUUAACAAAUCCUUGCCAUAUUCCCUUUGAUUCCUGUAGAAGAAAAGACGUUCAACUUUUCCUUCAAGACAUUUGGAGAGAUGACAGAUCGAGUCCCUUUUUCCGACAGAUUUUUAGGAGGUGCGUCCUUGAAAGAUUCCCUCCCCUUGAAAGGAAAUAUUUCACCUCAUUUUCUCAGGUUCCAUUUGCUGCUGGGGAUUUUAACAGGACUGCUUGAUAUCUCAAAUAAUGAUCUUUUUGGAAAGUUUAAUCAGUGGAAACAAGAUAUGUGACCAGGAUCAGAUUGGAGCCUUCUCAGGAUAGAAGCAAAGAACUGUAGAAGGACAUCAUUCCAGUUAACUUUUCCAUUUAUUUGAGUUUUGGGAAGUAUUCAUUAAUGAGAUCAUUAGAUAGAUACAAGACUCAAUAGAUUUUUCCUAAUUCCUCUGCCUCCCCCUCUCCCCUUUUUAAGUUAUCAGCUUGCAACUCUAUUAUGUUGGGCUGUGUUGCAUGUUAGACAAAUUGGACUUUUUUUGGGUCAGUAAAAUAUGCCCCCCCCCCAAUGCCCGUGGUCAGAUUUCUGGUUAUCAUUUCUAUGCUGCAACACUUUUGAGUCUACAGUGUGGCUGUUAAUGUUGUGAGAACUUUCUGGAAGUCUUUAAAUCAUGAUUGCAUGGGUAGAGGCCUGGUGUGGAUAUCAGUAUGGCAUUUUUUACAUUAUUUGUAUAGAAAUGUUGUUUGUCGACCUGGAUUUCAGAUGAGACUUCUUCUAAAAAGAUGUUUUUAUUGGCAGGGGACCUGUAUGUGUGAUGAGUUGCUGCACAGACUUGAACAUGCAGACUUCUACAGUGUCCCCCCCACCCACCAAAAUCAUGAGCUAUCCACAAAGUGUCUUUGUUUUCCUGUGUGUGUAGUUCAACAAUAUGUCUGAAUUUACUUUCUAGCAAAAUAUGGUCUUGUUGACUUGUUCGGCUGCAUUUAAUUUAGUCUUUCAAACUGCCAGCUUAAACUUUUCCUUCAGUCACUCUUUCAUUUUUCCUUCUUCUCCAUCAUCUAUUUUUUGUAGGCUGUCCCCGUGCCCUUCUGGUAAAUCAAUGACAGCAGUGAUGUUUUUCAUGAACCCUUCAAGGUGCUUUUCCUUGUGCCAGACUUCUGUGUUCUUAUUCUGAGGUUUCUUACUUUUCACAGUGCCCUUUUUGCAAAACAUACUCUUCCAAUAUGGGUGUGUGCGCGCACGUACCUUCUUUCCCCCUUAAUUUUUACUCUCUUUUUCUGCUUCUAAAGAUGCAGUAGGUACUUGUGGUUAACUUGUAGGGACUAAUUUAAGUGUAUAUAUCCCUCCCUUUUAUUUGCUGUCUCAAGUACUUGUUUACUGCCCGGUUUUUGAAACCAGUGCUUGGGCUUUGCAGAUCUUCUGUAAGCUGAUCCACAGCUGAUGACUUUGAUAGUUAGUCUUUAAUCGGGGUUUCCAGUAGCAGCAACAGCAAUACAUUGACCGCUGAAGUGGUUUCACUGAACUUAAUAUAAAGCUGUCUGCAAUUUCUUUUGGACUGGUUCUUUGUUUUGUUCAUUGUCUAAACAGCCCCAGUCUCUGGCUACAGAAUAAGAACUUGAGAUGCACAAAACCCUUUUCUUUCCUCUGUAUCCAAGCCUCCUUAGCUCUGUAAUUUUUGUCUCAAGUUCUGUCUUGGCCAGUUGACAAUCUAUGCUUUUGAGAAGCCCCCACCCCAAAUCCUCCAUCAUUCGGGCUUUUACAUAGAAUGUGCUUGUAUCAAUUUAUUAACACUGCAAAAGGUUGUAGGGCUCAUGGUGUCAGAUUACCACUUCAGUCUGUCACUCAAUCCAGUCUCUUUAUGCAGCUGUUUUACAAGGGAUGUUCUGGCCGCUUUUGGUUCAUCCUUAAUCACAGUCGCUGCUAGGGUUAGGGUCACCGGUACCUUGAUUUUGGGUUAUUGCCUUGACAUCCUUGUCUUGUCAAGAGUGUUACCCUGUUUUCUUCCAAUAUGGUACAAAGAGAAGACAGAUCUCUGCUCAUAGCAGGGCUAAAGCAAGCUUGGAAAUAGCCACUUCCUAGAGUGCCUGUGACAGGUAAGAACUACCUAUAUGGAAGUUUUUGUGAAUUGGAAGAUCAUGGGCUCUCUUUCAUGCCAUUAAUGGCUAACAGGUAUGAAUUGAAUAGAUGGGCUAAUAGCUCUGAAUUUCAGGUGGGGUCUAAGGAUUCAAGAGCAUUACCAGAGGGGGGGCUAGCACUCUAAAAUAGAAUUGGCUGGGACAUUAAAGAUUGUCAUUUUCCAUCGCUUCACUUCCCUUGUGCGGGGGGCGGGGGGGUUGCACUUACGUCUAAAAAACUAACCACAAAUCUCUUUAUUGCCAGUAUGCAGAAAGAGCUAUUUCCUAUUUCUUUUUUUUUUAAUUACAUUUUAAAAUAACUUUUAAUGCCUACAUGCACUGGAUUUGUAGGAACUAAAGUCGUUGUCUGAGUUAGACUUUUCAGGCUGAAGUUUCUAUUCUGCAAGUGCUUGUUUAAGUUCCUUGGGAGAUCGUCCUCGUAAAGGCACUUCCAACCCCUGGAAAUUGGCUAUUAUAAUGGUAAAACCUAUACAUCUUCUACUACUGCUGUGGAAGAGAGUACAUUUGGCGGGGGGUGGCUUUGAGUUAAGAGCCUCAAUAAAUGGGGGUACCACCGGCUUUAGUAUUUUCUGUGGAACUUGGCAGUCGGAGAUAAAAACCCUACAGUGCAGUGUUGAUUAAACCUUAGUAGUCUGGGCCAGAUGACAUCAUGACUUUCCGAUCGCGAAGACUGCCCAUCCAUUACAGCCUCGCACCCAUGACUUUGCCUAGACCUGGCACUUCUGGCCUCAUCAUAACCAUGCUCCCCUAUCUUUUGUUUCUGGGCUGAGAUCCUCCUGCCUCUGCUUUUACUUUUUGCAGUGCCAGUUCCGUUGUCUCGUUCAUCCCACGGUGGCUAGGCUUUGGAAAAUGUGUAAGGAUUUUAGAGGAAGCAUCCGUGAGCCGCUUCCAGCUUUUGGUUACAGAGAUCUACAAAGUCCAUCUGGAUUAUGUCCUUGGAGAUGACACUUUUCCAUAUGAUUCACCAGCAAGGAAAAUAGUUACUGGAAUCAGCUGUCAGCUCCAGCCUGCUUGAGACUGCUUAACCCACUGGGCUACAAAGUCCCUCUGUGUUCUACGUGGGUCAUAUCGUCGUAGCUGAAAACCUAGAAACCAGGCAUCUUGUUUCAAGUGCCAUUUGCAAAGUUGGAUGUUUCUGAGAACGCAGAACCCGUGUGCAUUUAGCACUGAGAUUCAUGACUUAAUCUCACUGUGCAAGUCUUGCUGGAAUCUCCACUUGACCACUCCCCAAGAAUAUGGCACUCCUGCCUGCUCUAAUGUAACAUUCCAUGGGUAGAAAUGUUAUGUAUUGAUGUAGUACUUUGUGCAAUAACUUAAAACUGUGAGGUGAGCCUCCUUUUAAUUUAAACCGGAACAAAAAGGUGGUGUCUCUCUGUACUAAGGCUUAAAUGAACAGUACCAGUGGAGGAUUCCACUCAAAACUUUUGAGUAUUACAGUCUGUGGCUUCAAGAGACUUUUAACUGGACUCUAAACCCCCUCCUCCUUUACAUACCUGGUUGGAACAACCCGUCUCUGGAGCCUUUCCUUUGAGAGGGAGGGAGGUUGUAAGAGACGAGAUCUUUUUACUUUUCCUACUUUGUGUUUGUGAAGUUCACAGAAUCCGUGAACAAUUACAUGUUCUGUUAAAUGGUACUGGACUUAAACCUACUGUGUCAUCUUGAAAAAAAAUCCAAUAAAGAGGAAUGGA